UUUCCCGGAAUGCUUGGCGUCGGCCCGAGGCGGAUAUCCGCCGUCCGCCAUUCUUUCUCAGAAACGUGCUACACUUUGCGGAGUUUGGCCUAAAAUAACCUUUUUUUGUGUGGCUUUUUGUCCUUGGUGACCGUCGACAUGUUCUUGCAAUAUUAUGAGGACGAGAGUGGGAACAGAGUCUAUACUUUGAAGAAAUUGUCGCCGAACGGGCAGCCCACCAGCUCAGCCCACCCAGCCCGAUUCUCGCCAGAUGACAAGUUCUCGCGACACAGGGUGACCUUGAAGAAACGCUUUGGACUGCUGCUCACCCAACAGCCUAGACCUGUCCUGUAAAUGGGAUUGCGCUAAGAAAUGGAGAGAAGCAGCCAUUGACGGCAAUAAAAGUCUAAUCAAUUUUGACGGACAGGCACGGCAGCGUUCAUUGGCGAAUGUCUGCCCUCCCAAUCAAAAUAGUUUGGACAUCGAUCGUAUCCAAUGAGUUUUUAACAUGCCAGGACAGCCGCCAAUGUUCUUCCUGAACAAAAGUGUGCUGUAGUAAGUUUUUGUAUUUCUUUUCAAAAUUAUCAUUUGUUGUUGGCCUUUAAAUAUGUUUUGUGUUGAGUAAAUACUAAAUCAAAGGUGUGUUGUGAACGCGCAGAGAAAAUAACAGCUGGAAUAAACAACUGGUCAGCAUGUCACAACUUGUUUGCCCUUGUUGUGUAAGGGAGUCUGUGUUCAAAUUUCCUCCUUGAAAACAGUUUAUUUUUUAAGCUAUGUGGGGAGAAACUUGUGAGUUGUAACUAGAGCUGGAUAUCAUUUUGAUUUAGAUAAAAGUGUUUCAGUGUUAAUUCUGCAAGAAAUAGCCAGUUUCUCAAUGGAAUGCACCAUGGAAGAACCUUGUGAAUAUUUAAAAAAAAAAAAAAAAAGUCCAUGCCCGAUACAUUGCAUCACAUUUUUGAGCAUCUAGAGUAGACAAAAGUUCUGUACUAUUAGUGGUAUAACAGUACAUUGAUCUAAUGAUCAAAUUAAUUGAUAUGCAAAACACUGAUCAACAUAUUUCAGAUCCGUUUUGUUAAACGCGAUAGGCCCCAGCACCUCCGCGACUCGUGAGGGAAAAAGCGGCAUGGAAUAAUUGAAUAUUUUUAAUCUUUAGGCCAGAAAAUGUUAUUUUUGGGAAUUUUAACUGAUUAUGUUAAAUGUGUACAUAAUCCUGUAUUGAAUUGACCUAAAAGCCCUUUAAACAAAUCGGAUAAUGGCGUUCUUUAUUAUCGGCAAACAUAUUGACAUGAAAUUUCUGAUUUUCACAUGGAUUCAAAUUGACACUAAACUUAAAAUCCUGGAAUAAGAUUCGUAAACUAUCAACUAAGUACUUAACAUGAACCCUUUCAGUGACUGGUCACUCAUGUGCACAGCCAUUUAUUCAAAAGUUGACAUUCAUACAGACUAAAAUGUAUCUUUUUACACAUAAAGCCUUUAACCCUUUAUAGGGCAAAUUG